AUGCGAGAAGAGCUGCUCAAGUGGAAGUUCGAUGCUCUCACGGCAACUUAUCUUUUGCUUCAACUUCGUCGCACUCAAGGAAAAACCGGCAAGAUCAUCGACACUGUGCCCCUCAAAGAGUUUGUCAAAGCGAGUUACGCGCCGGGCCGUUGUUCCAAAGAUCUUCGAUCUCGAAUCGAGCAAAGCAGUCCUUGCAAAAACUAUCGGCAACCGUUGACUCCGCAGAAGCCUGCGAGAAAUGCUAACAAGAACUACAACGAGGUCUACUCGUCUUCGGACUCCCUGGAUAUCGAUGAUAUCCUGGCGACGCCGCUCAAAACUUCGAAUGACGAAGAAUUCAACUUUCAAUCACCAGAGCCCUUCCGAAUUCGAACGAAUCGCGGCAAUCGAGGGCAAUCUGAGAAAACACCAAGACUUCCUAUGCACGAUUUCAGCGAUACACCCAAAUCAGUGCAGAUAACAAGGAGAGCCAAGACUGCGCCAAAGGAUCCAACGGACAGAUAUUCAAGUCCCGCUGGCAAAUCAAAACGACGAUCGAAGACCCCUCCAAUAAGUUGGAUGAGUCCAGUCAAAACUCAAAAAGACUGCGAGGAUGGGACGGGCCGCGGCAUAUUCGGGUCACUUGAAAAAGGAAUCGACCAAGUUCGACUACUUCUUACUCCGAGCAAGAAGAAAAACAAGGACUCAGAGCCACGAAAGAUAAAGGCAGUGUCAAACGUCUCCAGAUUGACGAAACAAGAGCCAAAAGUUGUCCUGAAGACAAUUCACGAAGUGGUUGUCAAGAUGGGCGUUCCGAACCGUGUCAAAGGCUGGGUCGUCCGCGUGCAGAACAGAGACAAUAUGGGACGGAUUCAAUUGGACUUCGAGCUCGAAGUCUGCCGUCUCGGAGGCCGGGCACUCUCUUCCGAUGCCAGCUGCGGCGUUCGUCGACAUCGAAUCAAAGGCGAUGCGAUGUUGUACAAACGAAUGGCCGAGGAUAUCCUCUCGAAAGUCCUCGUGUAA